AGUUGUGCACAUUAAAAUUGUAGUCAUUAUAUUUCUGUUAAUUUGUCUGAAAUGGAUCAAUUUUUGUCAGUUGAAAAGGCUGUCGUUUUGGUUGGUUGUGUAUACUUGUCAUGGAGAAUUAUUAAGCACAUAUGGAGCUUCUUGGACGUAGAAAAGGAACCCCUUACCGUUCUUGUGACCGGGGCAGCAGGCCAAAUAGGCUAUGCUCUUGUUCCCAUGAUAGCUAGAGGGGCGAUGCUCGGUCCCAAUCAACCUGUGAUCAUACACAUGCUCGAUAUUGAACCUAAUGCUGAGGUGUUGAAUGGGGUGAAAAUGGAGUUGAUUGAUGCCGCUUUCCCCCUUCUCAAAGGCGUUGUUGCCACGACGGACGUUGUUGAAGCUUGCAACGGCGUUAAUAUUGCGGUUAUGGUGGGCGGAUCCCCACGCAAGGAAGGCAUGGAACGGAAGGAUGUGGCGUCCAGAAAUGCGUCCAUUUACAAGGCUCAGGCCUCGGCUUUGGAGCAAUAUGCUGCUCCGGAUUGCAAAGUUUUGGUGGUUGCCAACCCAGCCAACACCAAUGCACUAAUCUUGAAAGAAUUUGCCCCUUCAAUCCCAGAGAAGAACAUCACCUGCCUCACAAGACUUGAUCAUAAUAGAGCUCUAGGUCAGAUCUCGGAAAGGCUAAAUGUUCACGUUAGCGAUGUCAAGAACGUAAUCAUAUGGGGAAACCAUUCAUCCACACAAUAUCCAGACGUAAAUCAUGCAACCGUGAGCACCAAUGCUGGACAGAAGUCUGUUAAAGAACUUGUUGGCGAUGAUAAAUGGUUAAAAACGGAGUUCAUCACCACCGUGCAGCAGAGGGGUACGGCCAUCAUUAAAGCUCGAAAGCUCUCUAGUGCGUUAUCUGCUGCAAGCUCGGCCUGUGAUCAUAUACAUGAUUGGGUCAUUGGAACUCCAAAGGACACCUGGGUGUCGAUGGGCGUACCAUCUGAUGGAUCUUAUGGCAUACCCCCUGGCCUGAUUUACUCAUUUCCCGUCACUUGUGAAAAAGGAGAGUGGUCGAUCGUACAAGGUCUCAAGAUCGAUGAAUUUUCAAGGGAGAAGAUGGACGCGACUGCAAAGGAGUUGAUGGAGGAGAAAUCACUGGCCUUUUCAUGCCUUAAUUGAGACUAAAAACUGAGCCACUUUUCCUUUUAUAUCUGUGGUUGUGGUUUUCACUCACAAGGAAAACACGAUUUAUGUUGCAUUUUGUGCUUGAAAAUAAGACGAAUAAGUUGUUAUGCGUAGUUCCUCGGCUAAGGGCUGAUCAGAUUCAAGAAAUUUACCAGAAGAAAUUCAAGUUGUUUGUUGAAAAGAAUUGAAGUAUUUAUUCACAGAAAAACACCACAUGACCUUAAUGUACAUGUAGUAAAAGCCAAACCAAUUCCUAAGCCCUGAAUCAUCUGUUUAUCCUCUGAAAAUUCUCUCUAAGUCUUUGUCGUUGAGCGUUUCAUACAAGAAAAAUUGGGUGGAUUUGGAG